AUUUUGGCUCGAGAUAUUCGUUUUGCACCAUACAUACAAGAUGUCAGAAAUUAUGUUUCGCCAUUUAAUGAUUCAUGCUAUCCUCACAAAGAACUGAGAAAAAUACUUAAAAGCAUCGGAUUUGAGGUUUGCCAUUGCAGUCUUCGCGAAACGACAUAUUCCUCUAAAGAUACCAGCAAUUUUAUAAGUAACAUUGCAUAUAUAUAUAAAUAUAUAUACAAAAUGCCACAUGAUCUGAAAGAAGAAUUCAAGAACGAAUAUACACGUAAAUUUGAGGAAAAAAUGAUUACUUAUAAAACAAUACAGAAUAAUCAAACACAAACAUUUAUGUUAGAUUUAUACAAACUCUUAAUAGUUUAUGCACGAAAAGUUCUUGAAUUCUUCUUUCAGAUCAUGUGG